UGAAGCAUAACACAAUAUCAUGUAUAGGUACUUGGGUAAGGUUUUGAGUAUAGCAAAGGAUUCUGUUUGUGUAUGCCUAUUGCACAGCAAAUCUGAAAUGAAGCUGUUUGAGGCAAUGACUGUCUCAUUAGUCAUAACUAUUGAUAAAUCUUUUUUUCAGCUCUGAUACAGAGGCAAUUGAUAAUUGAUUGAAGCUGCAGCUCUUCUGUGAUUUAUGAACUUUGAUUCAGUUGUAUACAUGAUUGGACACCAAGAUAAGUCCAAGAACUACACAGUAAAGAUUCUGGAAUCUGCCCAACUGCAAUGAUGGUCAUUGGGGCAGGCCGUUACCACUCUUCAGUGGCUGGUCUCCUUGACAACAUUAGCUUUGUUAUCACCUACCCUUGGCUGACUGUGGUCAGCCUGUUUAUAUCCUGCUACCAGUCAACUACCUGGGAGCAGCAGCAUCCUCAGUCCAAGCUGACACACUACUUCAUCUAUGGGCCAGCUCUGGGCAUCAUCGCACUGGCAUUUGCCCCUCUGGGCCUGUCAGGCUACUUGCUGCACAUCCUUGUCUGCCACUUAUUUGCAUCCAACAAGUUCAUCCACAUGACAGUGAAGCACUCGCCAAGCACUGCCCAGAACGGCUGCUCGGGGAAGGACCCGGCCACCGUCUCCGCCACGCCGACCAACAGGUUCACCUUCUGCACGGCCAACCUGCUGCUGGCGCCCGAGUGCGUGGUGCGCUUCAACAACAACCGGUUCGUGUACACGCGUGGCCCGGAGGUGGCGCGCCGCCUGCUGUGGCAGAAGCCGCUGCCGGACAACGCGCUCGGCGCCGCCGCGGAACAGCACGUGUCCGUGCUCUUCCCGGAGGUGGACUUUUUCUGCCUGCAGGAGGUGUGGGAGCGCGUGUGGGCGCUCGUGCUGGCCAAGGAGCUGCAGCAGCGCUACCCACACUACCUGUACGACAUCGGCGAGCACAAGCUGAACGUCAACGGCUGCAUGGGCGCCAGCGGCCUCUUCUUCGCCAGCAAGUACCCUAUCCUCGGCGCCACCUUUGAGACGUUCAAGUGCCGAAAGGGAUGGGCGAGGUGCAUCUCUUACGGAGUUUUAUGCGUCAAGGUGGACGUCGGCUCACCGGGCGAGCGGAGGGUCGGCUAUGUGGCCAACCUGCACACUCAGGCGUACCAGGACCGAGACCCCAUCAUCUACGAGGAGGUGCGGCAGGCGCAGCGGGUGCUGGAGCAGUUCUGCACCGACUCGGCCGAGCCGGGUGACAGGGUCGUGUUCCGCGUCAUGUGCGGCGACUUCAACUACGACAACAUAUCACCCGGUGACGCGAUGAAUCAGAACCACCCUCUGUUCGGCGAGUUCGAGGACUUCUGCCGUGUCGGGCCGGGAGAAGACAAGCCCUGGACUGUCGGUACCGAGAUGCGUCAGGUGAUGAUAUUUGACGAGCGGCUCAACAGUCCCGGCUCGUUCCGUCGAAUACUCACGGACGACGUGGAGAGGCGCCGCUUCCUGCUGGAUGCAGACGUCGAGAGUCAGACUCUGGAGCUGGCGCGCGCACCUCCACCGCUCGACUCAGAGGGUCGGCUGCGGGCCUCGCCCGGCGGCGGCCGGCGGCGCAUCGACCACAUCCUACACGCGCGCCAGCCCGAGGUGCGUGUGUGCAACUACACGUUUGUGGCCGCGCUGUCCGGUCUCAGCGACCACAUUCCCGUCUGUAUGACGGUGGAGACGGCGUGACGGGACGAGAACGAUAGGAGACCGAACGACAGGUAUAGGGCGUGCUGCUACAGCGUGGGGACAGGCGACUCAUGACGAUACGAUAGGGGUGAUACGAGAACAUCGCAGUACUUGCGGGAGAGAUGACGAAUCAGGGAUCAGGAUAGAAAGGAAACCCCCCCCCCACGAAAGUAAACUUAGAAUGGGUUGAUGCUGAUCUGUUAGAUUACGGAUAUUGCUGGGUAUCUGUGGGCAUCUUACCGGUAAGAUGCUAAAGAGAUGAACGGGAAAGGAAUGUUCUCGACGCUGCGAUAUUAUUAGAAGAACAUGCGAGAUUAUUAGAAGAACAACGUCAUUCGAAACAAUUCCUGUGAAAUUUGUGUGCCGAUGCAAAUUCUGGAUGCAUUUUACAGCAUGCCUCAAGCUGGAACAACGGCAGGCAUUUAUAGUGGAUUGGUGGUGUAGGGGGUGGGGGUGGGGAGGGGGGUAUGGUAUCCUCAGGAAGGGACAUGGGGUCGGUAGUGGACGGAGGCGGCUCCGAUGCCUUAUCAUUUACCCAUGUGUGCGUAUGGAGAUAAGACUAGACACGGUCACAGUCGCUCACGAGUCACAAUUUGUCCCGGGCCGUCGUUUGCCCAUUGUCGUCGGUCAUUUAACACAUUUGCAUGCUCAAUUUUAGCAUUCCCAUGACAAUCUGAGCAUUUACUGUGCAUUUUAAUUAAUUGGAAAAUUGUGAUAAUUUGUGAUAUUUAUUGUUUCUGCCAUUUGACUGAAAAACUCUCGAGUCGCCUCGACCUCGGAUAUCCGCAUUUUCAGUGGGUGCGGCUGUUCAGUACAAUGAUUAGUGUUUCACAUGAACUUUGAGUCGCUGUUGGUGAGUACUUUUUGGAUGUUAAGUCUGAUACGAUGAACUGGUCUGCCAUUGAUACUGUCACUGUCAUUGUAUUCUUGAAGACCUCUGUAAGGCCUCUUGAAGCACCUGUCUAUGUGAUUGCAUUCCGGUGAGCGUUUUUGGCGGGAUCAGUUAACCAAAACUGGAGCUUAUAUGCAUGGUUUAUUUUAUGUUCGUAUUGUGAUAUUGAGCUCACAUUUGUUUUUCGUUCUUCGUUCAUUCCAGCUGACUG